AUGGGCAUCGUCUCGCUCCCCGGGCUGGAGAUGAUGGAUGAGAUGUGGGAAAACAGCAGCUUUGCCAGCCCCUCACCUGCAGUCCCCCUGUUUCUGCUCAUGUUCAACGACAGCGAUCUGAAUGAGACGCUGCUUAACUCCACCAACGCCACUGCCGCCCCGGAUGUCUCCUCUGGUCCCAGCGUGGCAGGGGUCCUCAUCCCACUCAUAUACAUAAUCGUCUGUAUCAUCGGCCUGGGUGGAAACACUUUAGUGAUUCACAUUGUGCUGCACUACUCGAAGAUAGAGUCAGUGACCAACAUCUAUAUACUCAACUUAGCUAUUGCUGACGAGCUCUUCAUGCUUGGUCUGCCUUUCCUGGCGGUUCAGAACACCCUCCAGUCGUGGCCGUUUGGGUCCUUCAUGUGCCGUCUGGUCAUGACUGUCGACUCCAUCAACCAGUUCACCAGCAUCUUCUGCCUGACUGUGAUGAGUAUCGAUCGCUACCUCGCUGUAGUCCACCCCAUUCGGUCUUCAAAGUGGCGGCGCCCUCAGGUGGCCAAAAUAGUGAAUGGGACUGUCUGGGCUCUGUCGUUUCUCGUUGUUUUACCUGUGGUCAUCUUUGCUAACAUCCAGAAAGCGGGAGGUACCUGUAACAUUGCCUGGCCACAGCCGGCCAACAUCUGGGAGGCGGCUUUCAUCAUUUACACCUCCACGGUUGGAUUCUUCUGUCCUCUUCUUAUCAUCUGCCUCUGCUACCUGCUCAUCGUCUUCAAGAUCCGCAGCUCAGGUAAAAAAGUCCACGCCACCUCAACCAAGCGAAGGAAGUCGGAGAGAAAAGUGACACGCAUGGUUGUGAUCGUUGUUGCCGUGUUUGUCUUCUGCUGGCUACCAUUCUACGCCCUCAACAUCAUCAACCUGCUGGUGUCCCUACCCCCAGAGUACCAGGGUCUUUACUAUUUUGUCGUAGUGCUCGGCUAUGCUAAUAGCUGCGCCAACCCCAUCGUCUACGGCUUCUUGUCAGACAACUUCAAGAGGGGUUUUCGGAAAGCCCUCUGCCGAUCCACGAGAAAGGUGGAGAACCACGAGCCAAUGGAGCGCCAGCAGCAGCAGGAGGAGGGGAGGACGGCGCUCAUGCCCAGGGAGAGCCUGAGGCGGGCAGUCAAGGACGAAGACGACGACGAGGAAGACGAAACAGCAGAUGAGGCAACAACAGUCCAUCAUUCAUCAAAAACUCACCUCACCAGCGUUCAUUCAUGA